AGAGGGUCUUUAAAGGGCGCCGGCGCGCAGUUGGCGGCGGCGUCUGCGCUCCGGCUCUUUGGGUCCGGUCGGUUUCGCCGGUGCUGUUCGCGGUGCUUGGUCCUGCUUCCUGCUCGAAAUGCCUGUCUGGGGAGGUGGAAACAAGUGUGGGGCCUGUGGGAGGACUGUGUACCAUGCAGAAGAGGUACAGUGUGACGGGAGAAGCUUUCACCGCUGCUGCUUUCUGUGCAUGGUUUGCAGGAAAAAUUUAGAUAGCACAACAGUGGCAAUUCAUGAUGAAGAGAUCUACUGCAAGUCCUGCUAUGGAAAGAAGUAUGGGCCCAAAGGCUAUGGGUAUGGCCAGGGCGCUGGCACACUCAACAUGGACCGUGGGGAGAGGCUGGGCAUCAAGCCUGAGAGUGCUCAACCCCACAGACCUACAACAAACACAAACACUUCUAAAUUUGCUCAGAAAUUUGGAGGUGCUGAGAAGUGCUCCAGAUGUGGGGAUUCUGUGUAUGCUGCUGAGAAGAUAAUUGGAGCUGGAAAGCCCUGGCACAAAAACUGUUUCCGCUGUGCCAAGUGUGGUAAAAGCCUCGAAUCAACAACUCUGACUGAGAAAGAAGGUGAAAUCUAUUGUAAAGGAUGUUAUGCAAAGAACUUCGGGCCCAAAGGAUUUGGUUAUGGCCAAGGAGCAGGCGCCCUUGUUCAUGCUCAGUAAGGUUUAAAACCCAGAACCAAGCAUCACACGCUGAGGAUCUCUACAUAAUCUAGGCACAGAUUAACACUAAACUACUGUGAAAUUCUACAGCACUUAAGUACUGUAUAUAGUCCUGUACUUGGCUAGGUCAGCUGACUUGUAGGGCAAGAACACUAUACUUUUUGCUUUAUUCAUCAGCUUUGUCAAGAACCAUUUCUUUUACAUUUAAAAUAAAACUUAAGCUU